UGUACCUGAUUUGGUGAUGCAGAAUCUCUGAUGCAUCUGCAGGACACAGACAAGAGGACUGGAGGGCAGGAGGACAGCUGCUGAAUUUUAAUAAAAUAGAAAAAAAUGGGACUAGGAAGGGGGAAUGACAAAUACAAGGUGGCUGCUGACACUGACAAAAGGGAUAAUAAAGAAAAGAACAGGGAUGAGCUGAAGAAAGAACUGGAUCUGAGUGAUCACAGGCUGACUUUGGAUGAACUCCACCGGAAAUAUGGCACUGAUCUUAACAGGGGUUUGUCCAGUUCCCGUGCAAAGGAGAUCCUAGAACGUGAUGGACCCAAUGCUCUGACACCUCCUCCUACAACCCCAGAAUGGAUCAAGUUCUGCAGACAGCUCUUUGGUGGAUUCUGUACAUUAUUGUGGAUUGGAGCUUUUCUUUGUUUUUUGGCUUUUACUGUUCAGAUUACUACAGAGAAUGAACCAACAAAUGAUAAUUUGUACCUGGGUGUUGUUCUGGCUGCAGUGGUGUUGAUCACUGGAUGUUUUUCAUAUUACCAAGAGGCUAAAAGCUCAAAAAUUAUGGAUUCCUUCAAGAAUCUUGUGCCACAGCAAGCACUAGUAGUUCGUGAUGGUGAAAAGAAGGAUAUCAAAGCUGAGGAUGUCGUCGUUGGUGACCUGGUAGAGAUCAAGGGUGGAGAUCGAAUCCCUGCUGAUCUGCGUAUCAUCACUGCACAUGGAUGCAAGGUGGACAACUCAUCCCUUACCGGAGAAUCUGAACCUCAACCUCGUACUCCUGAAUUCUCCCAUGAUAAUCCACUGGAGACAAAGAAUAUUGUGUUCUUUUCAACAAACUGUGUUGAAGGUUCUGCCACAGGUAUUGUCAUUAACACUGGUGAUCGCACUGUGAUGGGUCGAAUUGCUACCCUGGCCUCAAGCCUCGAGGUGGGAAAGACCCCAAUUGCCAUAGAGAUAGAGCACUUUAUUCACAUUAUCACUACUGUGGCUGUGUUUCUGGGUGUCACAUUUUGCACCCUGUCUCUCAUUCUUGGAUAUGGCUGGUUGGAAGCUGUCAUCUUUCUUAUUGGAAUCAUUGUUGCCAAUGUGCCUGAGGGUCUGCUUGCUACAGUAACUGUGUGUCUGACUUUAACUGCCAAACGUAUGGCGAAGAAGAACUGUUUGGUGAAAAAUCUUGAGGCAGUGGAGACACUUGGCUCCACCUCCACCAUCUGCUCAGACAAGACAGGAACUCUGACUCAGAACCGUAUGACUGUGGCACAUAUGUGGUUUGACAACCAGAUUCAUGAAGCAGAUACCACAGAGGACCAAAGUGGAACCUCUUUUGACAGAAGCUCUCCCACUUGGUCUGCCCUGGCUCGUGUAGCUGGCCUCUGCAACCGUGCAGUCUUCCUUGCAGACCAAGCCAAUGUUCCUAUCCUUAAGAGAAAUACCGCAGGAGAUGCAUCAGAGUCUGCCCUGCUGAAGUGUAUUGAGCUCUGCUGUGGUUCAGUGAAGGAUAUAAGAGCCAAAUACACAAAAGUGGCUGAGAUCCCUUUCAAUUCCACCAACAAAUAUCAGCUUUCAGUCCACAAGAACCCAAACGCCUCAGAAACCAAGCACCUGCUUUUAAUGAAAGGUGCACCUGAGAGGAUCCUGGACCGGUGCUCAACUAUUAUGAUUCAAGGAAAAGAGCAACCCCUUGAUGAAGAAAUGAAGGAUGCUUUCCAGAAUGCAUAUAUGAAACUAGGAGGUCUUGGAGAAAGAGUUCUAGGAUUCUGCCAAUUCAAUCUCCCUGAUGAUCAGUUCCCUGGGGGCUUUACAUUUGACACAGAGACAGUGAACUUCCCCACUGAGAAUCUGUGCUUUCUUGGCCUCAUGUCAAUGAUUGAUCCUCCCCGUGCUGCUGUACCUGAUGCUGUAGCUAAGUGCAGGAGUGCUGGAAUCAAGGUUAUCAUGGUUACAGGAGAUCAUCCAAUUACAGCUAAAGCCAUUGCUAAGGGUGUGGGUAUCAUCUCUGAAGGCAAUGAAACUGUGGAAGACAUCGCUGCUCGUCUGAACAUUUCCACUGGAGAGGUCAACCCCAGAGAGGCAAAGGCCUGUGUUGUUCACGGUGGGGAGUUGAAGGACAUGACACCAGAGCAGUUGGAUGACAUCCUUAAAUAUCACACUGAGAUUGUGUUUGCCAGAACGUCUCCUCAGCAAAAACUGAUCAUUGUGGAAGGCUGUCAGCGACAGGGUGCCAUUGUGGCUGUGACUGGUGAUGGUGUUAAUGAUUCUCCUGCUCUGAAGAAGGCUGACAUCGGUGUAGCAAUGGGUAUUGCUGGAUCUGACGUCUCCAAACAGGCUGCUGAUAUGAUUCUCCUGGAUGACAACUUUGCUUCCAUUGUUACUGGAGUGGAGGAAGGCCGACUGAUCUUUGACAACUUGAAGAAAUCCAUUGCAUACACACUGACAAGUAAAAUCCCUGAGAUGUCACCCUUCCUCUUCUUUGUUAUUGCGGGCAUUCCUCUCGCUCUGGGCACGGUCACUAUUUUAUGUAUUGAUCUAGGAACUGAUAUGGUGCCUGCUAUUUCUUUGGCCUAUGAGGCUGCUGAGAGUGAUAUCAUGAAGAGGCAACCCAGAAAUGCCAAAACAGACAAAUUGGUGAAUGAGAGGCUAAUCAGUAUGGCUUAUGGUCAGAUUGGAAUGAUGCAGGCAGCAGCAGGGUUCUUUACCUACUUUGUCGUCCUUGCUGAGAAUGGAUUCAUGCCACUAUCUCUGAUAGGACUGCGUAUCAACUGGGACAGUAAAGAUUACAAUGACAUGGAGGAUGACUAUGGCCAGCAAUGGACAUAUGAGAGCAGAAAAAUUCUGGAGUACACAUGCCACACUGCAUUCUUUGUCAGUAUUGUUGUAGUGCAGGUGGCAGACUUGAUCAUCUGUAAGACCAGAGUUAAUUCCAUUGUGCAGCAGGGCAUGAGGAAGAACAAAGUCCUCAUCUUUGGUAUUUUCGAGGAGACAGCCCUUGCAGCCUUCUUAUCCUACUGUCCAGGAAUGGAUGUUGCUCUUAGAAUGUAUCCACUGAAACCAUGGUGGUUGUUAUGCGCUUUACCAUAUUCACUCCUCAUUUUCUUCUAUGAUGAAACAAGAAGAUACCUUCUCAGACGAAAUCCAGGAGGCUGGGUGGAAAAGGAGACCUAUUAUUAAAGCAACCAACUAUACCAACCACUAAAUGCUGCCCACACCUUCACAAUGUCCUACACAUUUCAUUUCAUCAAUACAACUCAAUGGAUAUUAAAUUGUAUGUUAAAUAAACAUAAGAUUUCAA